UUAUUUGACUUGGAAAGUUUUUCUUCAGUUUUCCUGGUUUUCUUUCAUCACCUUCAUGUGUUCGUUUGUCGUUAUCAGAAGCUGUACAUGGUCAUUGGGCGUUUCGAGCCAGAAGCGACUGCAAGAGCUUGCUAGUUUGUGGGUUUUUAAAGGUUUUGGAUAAAUUAGAUGAAGAUAAUAAAUAAAUGUAAUGUUUUACUGGAGAGAGAACAUGAAAGAAUUUCAACAUCGCAAUCAUACAAAAAAUUGCAGAAUAGAAAUACUUUUAUUCUGUUCAGAGAAUUUGAAUGUAUAAAAUUUGCAGUGCUGAAAGAAAGAAGAUGUGUCAUCAUUGGUGUUUUUGUUAAAGUCGUCUGGAAAUUGCUUGAUAUUUCAAUUUUUAUAUGAAAUCAGUUAAUUAAUCAGAUAAUUUGCUGAUUGUUAUUUUAAUAGCAAACCACGGCCAGGCAGGUCAGCUCUGGUUGAAACUAAUGUCGUGUAUUGCAUUCAAAGAUGGAAAUAGAUUUAUCGGACAGACGGCAGCUGUUGAAUAUAGCUAUUCAAGUAUUUCAUUGUCUUAUUGCACUAGGAUUUUUAAUAUUUGGUUUGGUAGAAUUUGUGAGCAACCCUCCUUAUUUUGAUGGGUAUGGUGAUGCUAGGGCAUCACAGAAACAAUUACCAGAGAAUUUAUUCCAGAAUGAUCCAAGAGUUACCAAUGAAUCUAAUGUCCUUCGAUUAAUGGAUCUCCCAAUAUUUUUGAUGAUUCUGGCAUAUUUUGCAUGUUGUUGUUGGUUACGAUUCCGUGGUCUAUCUUGGCUACUCACCGCAAGCAUGUUAUUGAAUCUUCUUUGCUUUUUUGUUGUGAAUUUUUGGGCAGAAGAUAUGUUUUCAUGGAAGUAUUACAGCUCUCGUAAUAGUGGUUUGGAACUUCAGGUGCUCUCGUUAACAAUCUCUGUGUCAGCAAUUUUUAUGGUCAUAUUUUACACUAGAAGAAAAAUGCCAUUCAAAUUAAAGUCAUCUUUAACAGUCCAACAAUUUGGUAAAGUUCACUUGGCCUGGAAUUUUGGCGUUAUUUUCUUAGUUUGUUUUACGUGUUUAUUGCUGUGGUUUUCAAAGUUGUAUAUUUCCUGGGCUUGCUUUAAAACACAACGCGAAAUUAUGAAACUUUGCGAGAAAACAAAUAUGGUUCAAUGUUAUUUCUGCGAAGAAUGUAAUUUUCACACAUUUACAGAGUGUGCUGCAAAGGAUAGUUAUAGAUCAUUUCAUUGUGAGUCACCAAGAAAUUCGUCAAGACAGAAAGCAUUUUGCAUUUUUAACUACAACGUUGGAACUUACACGUUUUUAACCGUAUUUGCUUACGUUGGUGGACUGUGCAUAUUUCUUGCGACAUUUUCGCAAAUCCUUAUUCAUUAUACCAUUCGUUUCUUUCUUGAUUUUUAUUCAACACUUCGAAAGUAUUAUUUCCGUCAUUGUACGAGGCAAAUGUUCGUAAUUAGCGAUGAUAUUGAGACAUUGAGUGAAGAUGAACCAGGUGGUUAUAGAUCUACGGAACUGCAUCAUGCAGCUACUGAUGAUAUGUAUUCAACAACAUCUUUUGAAGAGUUUGAGGAAGAUGGCAAAGAUGAGAAUGACAUGGGAAAUAUUUUGAUAAACGCUUCCAUUGGGUAAAAGAUAUAUGAUCAAUAUUAUACCAUGAGCUUAAAUCGUAGCUACAUAUAUGAGCUGAUAGUCGAGUAAUCAGCAAUCGUAAUAUUGUGUAAUUUUUUAUUUAAUUCUGAUUGCAAACUCUCACUAGCUGUAUUAGCUACUGGCUGUUGUCACUACUUAUCGUAUACGAGCUGAAAUACCGUGAGUUGCUCAGUCAUGCAACUGAUCAGGUCGUGUAAUACGAUAAUCUUGUAUACAGUCAGUACGUACCGUGGGUAGUAAGUAUAUCUAACAAAAAAUAUAGUGUUUUUUAAUAUAUAUAACCUGAUAAAAUGUAAUUAAUGAACCCGAGAAAAGGAAAAAUGUUAUUUAUCAUCAACGUAAAAAGCGAAACACAGAACAUUGAACAACGACAGAAACAACAUACUGCAUUUAUGUAAAACUGGGUCACACUUUGAAAAUCUCACUGGUGAAACAGUUCUGUAAAAAACUCGUCAGAAAUAUUCUGUCCAUCACAAAAGUAUUAAUAAACGUAAUAAAAGAUCUAAGAACACUUUAAUGAUAUAAUAUAAA